AUGCGUUCCAAAAUUCUGAUAUCUGCGGCUGUGCUAUCGCCUAUUGCACUUGCGCAGGCGGCGGUCUUCAUACCAGAUUCGAGUUGUGCCACUUGCGCAGGAUUGGGCUCCCUCCCCGUCCCAUACAACCUCUCAACCUCGCAAACCAAUGCUAUAGACGAGGGUGCAUCCAAUUCCUUCUGGAUAUCUUCCUUUCUCCGCGGUUCCAAUGGCCAUCAAUACUUCCUUCUGUCUCAUGUCCUAGACGGUUCACCCGCAAGCUACCGCGCAUCUGUGCUGGACAUCACCAAUCCAUCCAUCCGCGCGCAAUUCUCAACCAGAGAUACCGCCAACMCCAGCCUCUACUCGGCCGAUACGGGAGUCUUCAAUUUCACUACCAGCAACUUCAGCUUUGGCGCUACUAGCGAAACGGAUGGCCUCUCCAAGAUGCGAACCUGGAGUAACUAUCGGGGCGUCCAAUUCGAUCUCACCUUUGAGACUUCCUCUCCCGUUCUACUCAACGGCGGCACGGGAAGCUUUGAAGCCACCGGUGGUACGGGUUACGAGUGGUCCAUGCCCGCGGGCAAGACGACUGGCUCCCUAACUCUGGAUGGUACCACCAUCACCAUUGACUCCUUGCACUCGAAGACCUGGUACGACCGUGAAUGGGGCAACGUCGCCGAGUCUUGGUACUGGUUCGAGAUCCAUAUCGAGCCCAUGCCUGCCAGGUACCCCAACGGUGCUGUUCUGUCCGUGUGGAAUUGGAAGGAUGACAUCUCUGGCAGCAAAAACUUUGCGACUGUGAGAGAUGGUGUCACAGGGACCCAGAGCGUUGUUCCAGUUACGAAUUUUACUCUUAAUACGGAUUCCGUCUGGACUUCGGAUAACACGGGCUUCAAAUGGGUGCAAGAUUUCGAGCUCGAGUUAAGUGAUGGCACAUCUCUCCAUAUCUCGAGCAUCAGAGACGACCAGGAACUGUGGGAUGAGGCCGACGCGGCGGCAGAUUCUGGUUUCGAGGGAUACAUGACCGUGACUGGCUCAUAUAAGGGCUUAUCGGGCGCUUGCGGGUUCGCUGUCACUUCAGGAGUUUCAACACCUCUUCGUAUGGGCAUUGAUCGUGGAGCCUCGGUCAAGGAAUUCCUGACCGUCUACAACACUUUGAGAUACGAGCGAACUUCCGCUGCUCAGCUGAUGGGCUUCAUGACUCAUCAGGUUCACCACGAAACAGACUGGGAAGCGGUCGCUAAAGAUGUUGAUCCAUUCAUUCUGUUCGGUGUGAAGCAUGUGAUUUACACUGAUAGCAAAACCAGUGCGCGCUUCUACAUACAUCCUAACCCAUCCCCAGUAAAGCUCCAGAUUAACAAUAUUCCCAAAGUUUCACUGUAUUGUAUCUUACUAUAA